AUGUAUGAAGUGUGUUGUAGAUUUUGUUGUCGUCCUACUUACAGCAAAUUUCGAAAUGUCAUAGCAUUUUGGUGUUUUGGAUUAUGUAAUAACUUCGCCUAUGUGAUUAUGUUAAGCGCAGCUGUCGACAUUAUACGAAAACAUGAACAUCCACAAAACAAUUUUACCUCAAAUAUCAGUGGACAUCAUGUAAAUUGUACAAAAAUUGGAACUGGUAGCGUUCUACUAGCAGAUAUACUUCCUAAUAUGAUUUUCAAGUUUAUCGCUCCUAUAUUCAUACAAAAACUUCAUUUUCAUUUAAAAAUUGUGUGUUCUGUCCUACUGGCUAUUAACAGUUUCCUGAUGGUCUCUUUUUCUCAAUCAUUGUAUAUGAGUCUUUUAGCAAUUGUAUCCGCAAGUUUAUCAUCAGGUAUUGGGGAUGUCAGUUUCUUAAGCAUGUUGGGCUUCUUCGAUAAAUCUUGUGUCUCAGCUUGGUCUUCAGGCACCGGUGCAGCUGGUCUAAUUGGUUCACUUGUUUAUGUUGGCCUAACAGCGUUAACUACACCUGAGAUUACAUUGCGUAUCAUAAUUGUAAUCCCUUGUGCUACCUUUCUAGUGUAUUUAUUCGUUCUGGACAGACCUGAACAUGAAAAAUUUAGAUGGUAUUUCAAUUAUAUGCCUUUAUCAAACAGUCGGAGUAGAUCAAUACACGAGUUAAAUGCUAGCAGAAUAACUUACGCUAACGAUAUAAGUAAUAGUGAGUGUCGGAAAUAUUCAUGCAUACUUCACCGUUCUUCGUAUUGUUUUCUUUCUCUUCAUGUUGACAAUUUGACUGAGAAUGCUGACGAUAGUAAUAAUGCUGCUGUAACAGUGAAUAAUGAUGGCUACAUACAGCUCCUCACUGAUGAAGAUGACACAAUCCUACUGGAUAAUCUACACACAACUGGUGUUCUACAACAACUACACCCUACUUGGCAAGUGAAACUUCAGUUACUAAGAGGCAUAUUUGGCUCACUUUUAUGCUUGACAUCAGUUUAUUUCUUUGAAUAUCUGAUCAAUCAGUCUUUGUUUGAAUUACUCUACUUCGAAAAUUCACAUCUCACUGCACCUGAACAAUACAGAUGGUAUCAGGUGGUUUAUCAGCUGGGGGUUUUUAUUUCACGAUCAUCAGUUAGCAUUAUUCAAAUCAGAACAACUUGGCCAAUGUCUUUAUUACAGGCUGGAAAUUUUGUUAUUUGCUUAUUGCAAGUGAUUUACUUUAACAUUCCACAUAUAUGGAUCAUGUUCAUUGUGAUAUUUUAUGAAGGAUGCCUUGGUGGUUUGACUUAUGUCAAUACAUUUUACAAUAUUAUUCAACGCGCACCUAUUGUUUAUCGAGAAUAUACAAUGGCAAUGGCAGCUGUAUCUGAUUCAAUUGGUAUAACUGGAGCUGGUUUCUUGGCUAUACCUUUGCAUAAUUGGCUAUGCGAUAGACAAUUGAAUUAA